UCCUGGUACCUGUAACCUGGAUACUUGGGCAGGAUCUGUUCAUUAUUGGCCCAGCUCUGUGUGAAGCCAUGAUGAAGGCGCUUCAGUGGAAUAUAGUCUUGCUGUGCUUGCUGGGACACGUGCUGUGCGACUGCCAGAAGGACUGCAUGACGUGCAACAAGCACCUCUACCAACAAGACAACUUCAACACUCUGCUUUGCAUCGUGGAAUGUGAAGGAAAGAUCUACUCCAGCUCCAUGUGGUCCAUAUGCAAAACCGUUCUGGUCCAGUCGUCGCUGCAGCUCAGCGUGGAUAGCGUGGGCGGCUUCCAGGAAGACUAUAAACCUAUAAACAUGGAAGACGGCCAGUUUGCCAGCAAUUUCAAGAGACUCAGCGAUCUCACAAAACUGGUCGACUUGAAUAAAAUGAAGGAAGGAAAGAGACUGUCGGACAUUAGCGACCUGAUCCGCGAACAGAGUGAGGAAGAUCCCAGCCUGGACGGCGCCGAGGGCGCGCUCGGAAUGGCCGCUUAUCCCGACGAGUUUGGCCAACUGCAAAAUCCGGCCAACGCCGUGUCCAAACGCUUUGGGGGGUUCGUGAAAGGAAAAUACAGCUACAGGAAAUUCAUGGGUCCCUCGAAGGAUCUCCAGAAGCGUUAUGGGGGUUUUAUUGGCGUCAGGAAAUCCGCCAGGAAAUGGAACAACCAGAAGCGAUUUAGCGAGUUUCUGAGACAAUAUCUGGGCAUGUCCACGCGCUCCGCCGAGUACGACAGCUUCACCAACGACGUGAGCGACAUAAACGGGCAGAACGAAAUCUAAGACUUCUUUAUCGAGGCGCAGAAUUUGAUUUGUAACUGACGGGGCAGAAAAAGUCAACCUCCGCCUUCUGCAGUUUCAUCUAGAAAUGUCGGCGAACUGUACGGUCACGGCCUAGGGAGAAUAUGGGGAGAGUAGCUCUUGUUUAUGCUGAAAAAAAAACAAACAAUAUGGCGUCUAAUACAGUAAAAACCUGGCCAUAAUGUCCUGCCAUGACUGGCUCACAUUUAUUUUACAUUGUACAUGUUACUCCUGUGUUCCAAUUAUAACACUACAUGCAAUGCAAUGCAGUUGUUUUGGAUCUUUCCCAAUGCAGCCAUGUUGCACUCAAUCUGCGGUACCAGUUCUACCAAGUGGGGUGUCCCCGCAGCGUCACAUUACCUAGCACCCCAUUGGGCCACGUGCCAAUCACUCCACCUAUUAAUAAGCACUAGUUCAUUCAUAUAUAGGGACAUCCAACACCUUCUUGGAGCUACUGGGCAAAGAUACCCAAAAGGCUUUGUAUAUUGCACCUUAAAUGAUGUUUACAUGAUUAAACCUGUAUUGGAUAUGAGAUCUUAGACAGGAGGCAAUGCCUUUUUUUUAUCUAUAUUCUCCCAUGGAAAGAAUGCUAAUGGGAACAUGUAUGGCUGUUCAUAUGUCACCGAGACACAUCUGUGUGUAGUCAUCCAAUGAGGGUGUUAGCAUGGUGUUGGCAAUGCCAACAUGUGGAAUAGUAGUGUUAAAUAGUAAUGUAUAACACGUUUUUUUUUAGAAAUGUAUAAUUGCAAAAUACCCUAGAAAAUAAUAAACCAAUGAACGAAUAAUGUCUACAUGGGGAGAAGGGCUGCUUCAGGCCAUUCAUACAGUCCUCUCCAUGAUGGUUUUCAGAAGCCUGGGGGCCAGACACUGGUGUAACUCCCUAUACAGUAGAUCCCAUGGUUGCCGGGGGGCCUGGACUGUGGGGUCUGCUGUAUUGUAGUCCCCCCUCCUAGGCCUGGAGGUUCGGCACAGUAUGGGCCUGGAGUUGGGUGGGCAAGGAGGUACAGUUUGCGCUGGGCUCCCCCAAAAAUUUCUUUACAGGGGGACCGGUGCAACCAAGUUAUGCCACUGAGACCAAAAGACUUGGUCAACCCAAUAGCCCAAUAAGGCAAAGUCUUGUGUUAGUUGGUGCAUAUCGGCUGCUUGGGCCUGUACCAGGGCGGGUCCAAUGCUUCCGGCACACAGGUUUUUCCACUUGCUGAGAAUACGCUACAUGGGGCAUCAGCCUUAAGGUGAAUAGUAAUAGAAAUAUGCCAUUAGCUUCUAUCCCCAGGUUCACUUUACCAAUGAAGUACAUUUUGUAUGCAUAAAACCAGGCCCCCAAUCCCAAUAAAACAGCAGUGGUUUUCAUGCCUUCUGAGGA